AUGGUGAUGAAGAAACUGCGUCCAAGGGCCCCACUACUGACGGCAGAUAUGGAUCCGGAAUUACUGGAGGAGGUCAUUCGCACACUGUUCCCGCCACAGGAGGACAGCCCGGGGCAGCCGCGCACUAUCUCGACUUGGAAUGGUGGUAGGAACCAGGGUUUGCGGAAGAGGAGAUGCUGGAUGCGGCGAAGAAAAUGGCCUCCCGCAACGUGGCGUCGGGACCGGGACGGAUAUGGGCGGAGACCCCAGACUACGUCACCUAUUUACAAGGUGUCUGAGGGAGGGAGUCUACACUCGAAUAUGAAGCAUGGCGAGCAGCCUCCUCCAGGCUGGACCUGCUUCGGAAGGAGGGACGACCGACAAACUCGCCGUCCGCAUAUCGUCCGGUGUGCCUAUUGGAUGAAGUGGGCAAGCUCUUCGAAAGAGUCAUUGCCGCCCGUUUGGAGACCCACAUAUCAAGGCGAGUGCCAGGGUGGGGUAGCACUGGUAGUCUCUUUAGACAUAGACAAUGCAUUCAAUACCAUACUCUGGAACGGGAUAUUGGAGGCUCUUGAAUUUUUCGAGGUGCCUCCCUACAUCAUUCGUGUCAUACGGGCCUACCUGAGCGACAGAUGGGUCAGCUACACCGACAAGGAUGGAGAAGGGCGGUGGCCCGUUAAGCGCGUGGUUCCUCAGGGCUCGGUUUUGGGUCCGAUUCUAUGGAUCAUCGGAUACGACGCAGUGCUUCGUUGUUCCGUGCCUCCAGACUUAGGCAUGGUGUGUUAUGCGGACAACACCUUGAUCUUGGCCAGAAGACGCUGGGAGACUCCUCCGCCCCGCCUGUGUUUGGACAUAAGCGGAGAGGAUGUUGAGGUAGGACCUCAGAUGAAAUACUUGGGCCUCACUAUCGACAGUCAUUGGAUGUUCGGGCCGCACUUCAAGCUUCUGGUUUUCAAAGCUUUCUGGUUUCUGAUGACAGCCAACGCUCUAUGUGGACUGCUGCCGAAUGACCCCACCGAUGGUGGGGCAGAAAUCGGAGUGCGCCGACUGUAUGAGGGAGUCAUCCAUUCUCGGGUCCUGUACGGGGCUCCUGUGUGGGCAGAGGAUCUGAUGAAAAGUCUACACAGUCUACUCUUGCUGAGGAGGCUUCAUAGGACGACCGCCAUCAGGUGUCUAAUGCUCAGAGUUUACAAACAAGUUUUUCAAGUUGGUUGUAGAUAA